AUGGGAAAGCCAAAUACAAUAUUUGACUUUUUCAAAAGAAAAAAUACACAAAGUUCAAAUGCCAAUGUUGGUGAUGCAUCUUCGCCAACUUCUGAUAUCGUAAUUUCUGAAAAUUCUUCUAAAAAAUCUCGAAGAGUUGACGUCAAUGAAUUUGAUAUUAGUUCAUUGGAGUUUGAUCCUGGAUUGCGUCAUCAGAUAUGGGAGUAUAAUUUAAAAGCCUCGAUUGAUGUUGUUCGAGUGCUUGCAUUUCAAGGUGUUGCUUUUAGAGGUCGGGAUGAAAGUGUGGAUUCAACGAAUUGUGGAAAUUUUCUUGAAAUAUUGAAUUUAAUGGUUUCAUAUAAUGAACAGAUUGCUGAAGUGAUAGCUAAAGCUCCAAAAAAUGCCUCUUAUACAUCACCAAUGAUACAAAAAGAAAUUUUACAUAUUUUUUCAACCAGAGUGAAGGAGGCAAUUCGCAAAGAAAUUAGUAAUGCAAAGUUUUGCAUAAUGGUUGAUGAAGCUCGUGAUGAGUCAAUGAAAGAGCAAAUGGCUAUAGUUUUAAGAUUUGUCGACAAAGAUGGUUUUGUGCGGGAACGUUUUUUUGGGCUUGUUCAUGUCGCUAAUACUGCGGCACUAACCCUACAAAAGGGUAUAUAUUUUGUAUUGUCUCAACAUAAGUUAGCCAUUGAAAAUAUUCGAGGGCAAGGAUAUGACGGCGCAAGCAACAUGCGAGAAUUGCGGAUUUCUCAAACUGCUGAAAUUGCUUACCUGAUUGAAAUUAAUGAGAUUGAGAGUGGAAGGGGACUUAAUCAAAUUAGUACUUUACAACGGGCUGGAGAUACUCGUUGGAGUUCUCACUUGAGAUCAGUUUCUAGCUUGAUCAAAAUUAUUAGUCCAGUUUGUGAAGUUAUUCUUAAAAUCAUUGAUGUGGGAACUACUUCUUCCCAAUGA